AUGCUUCCAACGGAGCGGAAUCGGAGGAAGCCGCAGUGUUUCCUGUGUCGAGUUCUUCGUUGUUGUUGUUGUGCUGGAUGUAGAGUAAGUCAGGCGAAGAGCAGCGCCGCACGUUGCACGUCGUCCAUGGCCGCUCAGCCAGGCGGCGGUCGGUUACCGGACGAUGUGUACCGUAAAAUUCGAGCUGUCGAUCAAGGAACGAGUACACUUACGCAAGCUGGAGUGCAAGGGCUCAGCGCACGGAUAUUGGACAAAUCUGACACGAGAUAUCCGAAUUCCGCUGAAAUCUACACUCAACAGCUGAUUGAGAUAAUAAAGAAGCCUGGUCAAUCGCUUGGUCUCUAUUUAAGAGAAGGAAACGGUAUCGAUAGAAAUCAUGGUGUGUUUGCCAGUCGCUUCGGAGAGAAUUCAGAAUUAGAGAAAUACGGUGACGUCAUACGACCGGGUGAUGAAAUUCUUUCCAUCAACAACGUCGAAGUAUCCUCGAUGUCCAUCGACGAUGUCGUUCUUAUAUUAAGUAUCCCACGACGACUUCUGCUGCGGAUACGAUACAUAAAAAAUCGUCGGGAUCAGCAGUCCAUGGCGCGAUCCUCUGAGCGACCGGUCGUCGUCUUCCAUAAGUUCGAAGAGCGAUCAGAUGAAUCUGCAAGUGGAUCCAUCCUCACUCAACCUACGCCAACUGCCCAUACUUGGCUCGGAAAGAAAGCACGGCAACAACAGCAGGAAAUGAAUCGUGUCUCGGUUCCUGGUAGUCCUCGAACGCACUACUCACCUCGAUUACUGAAUGGUCAUGCUGAGCCGAUGCAAGGAAGGCAUCAAAGGUACUCCGAUCCAGACCCUCUGGAUACUGUGUGUCGAACUGCUAGGGUACCUCCGCCAAAGAUCUAUCCAACGGGGACCGUACGAAGGACGGAAAGUUUCAAUUCAGCGCCCGGGGUUUUGGCGCCUCCAAUGUACACUCUUCCUCGAUCGUGUACUACCGUUCCACCUCCGGACCCCAUUAACCGGCUGCAUGACCCGAUGUCUUCACGACAACAUGAAACAGUCGGUCCAAUGAUAGAUCCGGUGACGAGGAAUGACGCACGACUAAUGGAUCCGACGAUGUCACGACAUCAAGAAGCACUGUCGCGAUCACUUUGCUCUCCUGUGUUACCACGUCCGCUACGGACGUUGGAUAACAAGAGUAACUCGCUGCCGAGAAGGCGAGCAAUUUCAGGACCGCGAAACGUGAAAUGGCGUACGGAUGUGUUAGCACAAAAUGCGAUGGGUGACGAUAGUGAUGGAGCGACUUCAGCUCCAGAAUAUGCUGGAAGUCCUGCAGGAUACAGCAGAAGUAUGGCCCAACAUUUACGGCUUUCCAAUGGUGGCCCUGGACGGACAAUUAAUGACAUCUUCUCUGCUGCCGAAUACCGAAACUGGGCAGGACCCACGGAUCCAUCCAUGAUGGGUCGACAAUCGCGAUGGUCUCACACGUACGGCGAACCUCGGGGCCACCGAUCAACAUCGCUGCCGGGUCGAAGUAUUAUGGCGCAGUCUCUUGUCGGCUCUCCAGUGCUUCCACGGCAUGCCGCAGCCCAAGAUCGUCCGUCAGCAGUACUAGAUCGAUACCAUGUAUCGCCACUGAUGAACAGGCGAGCACCUUUGCGUGCAGCGGGUCCAGGCAUCAACGUGGAUAAGUUGAACGUCAAUAGUCUCACGGGUAUUCUUUUUGUGCAAAUAUUGGAGGGUCGUGGAUUGAAAAUCCCUGAAAAACAAAAAGCCGUCACUGAAGAGAUGUACUGUGUAUUAGAAGUAGAUGAACAGCAUCGGGCGCGAACUGGCGUAUCAACCGCUGAACAGCGAUUUCGAUGGCGCGAAACGUUCCAUAUCGAUGUUUUCAACGCGACUGUCACACAUUUUUUCGUGUAUUCAUGGCAUCCGCAGUACAGGCAUAAACUUUGCCACAAAGGCUCGUUAAAACUUCUCGAAGCGUUCAUUGUGGACCAACUGAACGGAGAUCGAAUGUUCGCUUUGAAUCUGGAACCUCGUGGCCAACUCAUUGUACGAAUAGGAUUCCACGAUAUGCGAGCGGUGUUUCGGCGAACGGUCAAUCCAAAAAUGGAUGGAGUUUUUGGUGUACCGCUCGGUCGACUCUUGUCACGCGAAAGACGUGAGACCCCUAUCGCCCUCACUCGGCUUAUCCAAGAAAUUGAGAGGCGGGGUGUCGAUUGCAAUGGAUUGUAUAUCUUAUGUGGUUCCGUCGAGAAGAAGCGAGUUCUGCGAGACGAAUUGGAAGCGAAUCCAUUGGGAUGUGAACUCUCCACAGAUAGCGUUCCAGAUACAAACGUGCUUGCUUGCCUCAUCAAGGAUUUUCUGCGUGAAUUACCAGAACCGUUGAUUCCACCUCAAAUUCAUGCAAUGCUCAUCGAUGCGGGAACAGUAACGUUACCGAAUGAUAUCGAUGGAAAUCGACAGCUCGUCCUAAGGAUUGUCGAUUGCCUUGCUCCGCCCAGCAAGAACACUCUCCUCCUUGUAAUGGAUCAUCUCACUACCGUGUUAGCAUCUUCACCUCACAACGGCCUAACACCGUCCCGUUUAACCACUGUUUUCGCUCCAUUGUUGUUGUGUUGCUCCGAGACACCGCCAGUGAAGGAACUCCGUCCACUGGACGUACCUCAAGCUGCCGCCACGCUGUCACUUCUACUCCAAAUCUGGCCAUCUAGAAUGGAAGCGAAAGCGAUUCCGAUUCUCCCAGCGCCAUCGCGAGCGCCUCGAAUGCGGUAUCGGAAUCUCAGUGUUGACUGA